AUGGGAGGUACACCCUCCCCCAAAUCUCUGGUUCCAGUGCGACCAAUCGACUUGGGACCCCAGUUGGCAAUGGCAAUAAACAUUUCUACUUCACUCUUAGAGAGUGUCGAUAUUCUGUUUCAUGACGGCAAGCGUACCACAAUUGGGUAUCCAAAGUUGGGGCUGAGAAACUAUACAAACUUUGGUCGCUGCGUUGUUUCUCGGGGCACUAUCGCGAAGGAUUGGGUGGCCUUGAAGCUUCACUCGGACUCUCCUUUUCGUCUAAUGAAGAAUGGAAGCUUCAGACCUUUGAAUGAUUUCGUCCGCUCGAGUCUCUGUCCGCAGCUACCCUACCUCCACCAAAAAGUCAUUGAACACUCCAAAUUGGAGAUCGUCAAUGUCCUCUUCAGGAUGCUUCGGGGGGACCGGCCGUUACUGACAAACCUUGGAUUAAUGGAGCUUCUUUGA